UUUUCAUAAGAACAUUUAAGGACUGUCCUACGCUCUGCUGAGGAACGGAGGCGACGCAACAGUUUCCACUAACUACAUUAAGGUUUUGGACUCGCUACUCUUGCCUUUUAGCAUUCUGCUCAUCCAAUUUUAGUCUCAUUUACUGGAAGAAUUAAGCAGAAUUACUAAAAGAGUAUAGUAUGUCAGGACGCAAAGAAACAGUUUUAGAUCUUGCCAAAUUUGUUGAUAAGGGUGUCCAAGUCAAGCUUACUGGUGGACGACAAGUCACAGGGACCUUGAAAGGUUAUGACCAGUUGCUGAACCUCGUCCUUGAUGAAGCCAUAGAAUUCUUGAGAGAUCCAGAUGACCCUCUUAAGACGACUGAUCAAACUAGACGCCUUGGCCUAAUAGUAUGUCGGGGUACGGCCGUGAUGCUUGUUUCCCCAACUGAUGGUACUGAUGAGAUUGCAAACCCGUUCCUUCAGCCGGAUGGGGUGUAGUUAAUGCCAUUGUUAUCCCUCAAAGUGAUUUCCAUAGAAAUGGAUAGUUUCUUUUUGGACUGAUUGCCUUACAAACAGGAAAUGCCUAUUUCUCUCACAUUUGUUUUUGGACUAUAUACCUUUGUUUUAUGGGGAACAUGUGAAUCUUUACUAUAUCAUAUAAUAUGCAAAGAGUUGUCUAUUUCUUAGAA